AUGAAGCAAGCCCUCCAUUACUCGACACAAGCACCAAAACAAACUAACGGCUUGCCCAGCUCAAUCGUCGUUUAUUUUCUUGCAGAAAUGUCGUCUUUUGUGGGUUUUCUCUCCUGUGCAUUCUUUGUGACUUCUGCAUUAGAAGAUCACACAGAGGUCAAAGUGAGAUCUGGGCAAAAUGUCACUCUCCAGUGUCAGGGUCCCAGAGGUUUAAAUAUCACCCUGUUAGAGUGGAGCAAACCUGAGUUCAACUCAGAGAGUUAUGUGUUCUUCUUCCAAAACCAUCGUUUGUAUGAAAACUACCAGCAUGAAUCCUUUAGAGGCCGAGUGGCACUGAAAGAUCGAUCGAUGAAAGAUGGAGAUGUUUCUGUGAUUCUGAGGAACGUCAACAUCAACGAUACAGGAACAUACAGCUGUGAGAUUACAACCAGGAUGAAGGGAAAAGUAGUUCAUGAGGUUGUGCACUCCAUCAACCUCAAAGUCACAGACUCAGAUGAAAACAUCAAGGGUGGAGAAGAAGAGGAUGGAAACAACAUGAAUAAGUCUCUCCCACUUAUAUUUGUUUUUGUGUUGGGACACCUGCCUGAGCACCAAGAAAGGUUUCCUCUGGACACAUCGUCUCACCUGUACAACCAGUACAACCAGCAGCAGCACUCCAAUUAUGGAGGGAACAAGGGCCAGCACAGCGAGAGGAACAGAGGAGUGCUGAGGAGUAGAGGAAAAUGAGGAGGAGAGGGAG